AUUUACUGGGCAUCGGGUGUAUCGUUCUUCCUAUCUUAAAUUCUACCUAUAAGAACUCGUACGUAGCACGUUAGUAACCGGCUAACGGGUAACAUAACCUAACUUUAACUUACUUCCAAGGUUGUGACUUGCUUGCACUCUACCUAGUACCUACCUACCCAAGGCUACCCUACGUACUACGUAGGAGAUCUAAAAGGGACCGGAACAUAAAAAGACUCUAAUCAUCUGAGAAAUACACAGGAGCUUGCAAAACUCCUUCAGUCUUAAAUUUUUUUUUUCACUCACACACACUCUCUCGCCUUCGUCCUCUCUUCCCAAAAUACAGAGUCUGACUCAUCUCGAGGCCUCCUUUAUUUGAAUAAUAAUAGACGGCACACACUACGCAACACGCAUCUAUCCGCUCUUCGGAUUACCCGCAGCAAACAGACAUUGUUGCCGUUGCCGUUGCUGCUGCUGUUAUUCAUAGUCACUCCCUCUGCAAACCUUCGACUGCUUUACUCGCCCACUCAGCAUCAUGCCAGGUCUUGAUAUGGAGCCCCUGGUGGCUGAUGAUAUGAGAGUCCUGGGCCAGGACCCUCUCAUCCCGCCUGCAUUACUCAUCUCUGAGAUUCCCAUGACCGAUGCUUCUCUGCAUACUGUCGUCAAGGGCCGAAGGGAUGCCGCUGCUGUCAUUAUGGGCCGCAGUGACCGUCUCUUGGUUGUUGUUGGACCUUGCUCCAUUCAUGACCCAGCUAUGGCCCAUGAUUACGCCCAGCGUCUCAAGAAGCUAUCCGAUAAGCUGUCGGAUGACUUGUGCAUAGUCAUGCGUGCCUAUCUUGAGAAGCCACGGACAACCGUAGGCUGGAAAGGGCUCAUCAACGAUCCUGAUAUCGACAAUAGUUUCAAGAUUAACAAGGGCCUCCGCAUAUCACGACAGAUGUUCAGUGAUUUGACCAACGCUGGCAUGCCCAUCGCCAGUGAAAUGCUGGAUACCAUCUCGCCACAGUUCCUAGCAGAUUUCAUUUCUGUCGGGGCUAUCGGCGCGCGUACUACGGAAUCGCAAUUGCACCGUGAACUAGCCUCCGGCCUGUCCUUCCCAAUUGGGUUCAAGAAUGGCACUGAUGGAAAUUUGAAUGUCGCUAUCGAUGCCAUUGGCGCUGCAGCCUCCAAGCACCACUUCAUGGGUGUAACUAAACAGGGCCUAGCAGCCAUUACGAGAACGAAGGGAAAUGAGCACGGCUUCGUUAUUCUCCGAGGCGGCACCAAGGGAACCAACUAUGACAAGGAGAAUAUCCAAGCUGCCAAAGAAACCCUGAUCAAGAAGGGGCAAAAGCUGGCUAUCAUGGUCGACUGCUCGCAUGGCAACUCGAAUAAAGAUCACCGAAACCAGCCAAAGGUCGCCAAGGUCAUUAGUGACCAGUUGAGGGAAGGCGAGAAGGCGAUUGUCGGGGUCAUGAUUGAGUCCAACAUUAACGAGGGCAAUCAAAAGGUCCCUGCCGAGGGACCGGGUGGGCUUAAGAAGGGUGUUAGCAUUACCGAUGCCUGCAUCGACUGGGAUAGCACUGUCGAGGUCCUGGAAGACUUGGCGGCUGCGGUCCGGGAUAGGCGGGAAAAGAACGGCGCGCUCCUCGGCAAUGGCCAUAGCCAAGACCACAAGGCUACUCUCAUCGAGGAGGAAUAGGAUCAUCUUCGGUGAAGAGCACAGCAUUAGUAACAGUGUGUCUCCUGCUGCCUUAUGCCAUUCAAGGGGUUAUCUAAAAGUCGUUAUAAAAUGCUGACAGAUGCAUGACUUCCUCAUGAUA